AUGAUUGAUGCGAUCAGACAGGACGAUACAUUAUUCACUACAGAGCUUCUUUUCCAUGGUUUACGUCUGUCCCCAAAUUAUGCUAUGGAAGCAGCAAAGGCGAAGGCGAAAAAUGUGCUUGAAACCUUUUUCGAGAAAGGCUGGGACAGCAACAACCCAAUCAGUCGAGCUCAACCACCGGUACUUUGGGUGUCUAGCUUUGUGGCUCAGGACCAGGAUAUGACGAUCUGGUUACUAGAUCGUGGAGCGAAUCCGAAUCAAAGAUGCGAUAUUGAUCUUACGCCCCUUUCCUACGCCGAUAGAUAUGCCUCAGUCUCAACAAUUAAGUUAUUGCUACGUCGAGGCAAUAUGCAACAUGCCCAACUUCUUUUUCACGCCGUCGAACGGGAAUCUGAAACCUUCGAGGUUUUGCAGCUCCUUCUUAAAUAA